GGAUACACUACCGCAAGUCAUGCGCCUCAUCAGGAGCCUGUCUCAUCGCUUCUUCUGGCUACCAGCAGUUCUGCACCGGCAAGCUGAACUCAGUGUGCAUCACCUGCUGCAACACGCCGCUGUGUAAUGGACCGCGGCAAAAGAAACGACCCCAACUGUCGGCUGCCGUUACCUUGAACACACCGCAACUCCAUGUGUUUUCUCUUUGCAUCCUCCUCCUACUGCCCUCCACCCUGUGCUGACAGACCUCCACACACUGUG